UUUACCGGUGGGAACACGGAGUCAGGACACACACACACGCUGACACACGCUCUGGAUAUUGUGGGACACCGAGCCGCUCGGAUGUGCAAUAUGACUUUUGAAGAAAGCGGAGAAAACUCUUCAGAAAGGAUGGAAUCGGUGGCGAAAGCAUUAGAGGAGGUCCUGAGCUCUGCGUUGCCUCAGGGUUGCAUCACUGUUGGAGUCUAUGAGGCAGCAAAGUCACUAAAUGCGGAUCCAGAUAAUGUGGUGUUGUGUCUUCUGGCCACAGACGAUGAGGAGGAUGUGGCUCUCCAGAUCCAUUUCACCUUAAUCCAGGCAUUCUGCUGCGAGAAUGACAUCAACAUCCUGCGGGUGAGCAACAUGAGGCGUCUGGCAGAAAUCCUUGGUGGAGUGAAACCUGGAGGGGAGCCCAUGGACCUGCACUGUGUCCUUAUUACUAACCCUCAGGCGUCCCAGUGGAAGGACCCUGCACUGAGCAAAGUGAACAGAUUCUGCAGAGACAGUCGCUGUUUGGAUCAGUGGGUUCCUGUCAUCAACCUGCCCGACCGAUGAGACCGACGGGAAUCUUCAUGUAUUGUGUGCAACGGGGGAAAAGUAACUUCACAAGGCCUGUGUUCAUGUCUGUGUUGGACUCCUUUGGAAAGCGGCCCAAACAGAGAAGGGAGGGCCGGAAAAAAAAGAACACAAGGAAGAGAAGCGUUCCAACCAAUUUACCAGGUCAGGGUGAACUCGUGGGCCAAGGAAGAGUGACUCAGCAGUCUUGGUUCCAGGAUUUCUAACGUAUGACUGCGCCUUUUUCUACUGAGAUAGAAGCCUUUACAGGAAACUGAAUCAUGUGAGUGGACAAACACACAUGGUGGUGAGAACAAGCGCAGGACUGGGGAAGAGCAGACAGAGCCUCAGCAGACAGGACUGCAGGAAGUGGACCACGCUGGAGUGGACCGGUCAGAGCUCUCAGCUGGAAGAGCUCCUCAUGAAAAUUUGACCAAAAUCCAAGGAUUUCUCUAACAGCACAUUUAUUUAAUGUUAUUUAAGACUUGUCACUUUGAUAACUCAAAAGGGAAAGUUUCCACGGUUUAUUAUUAUCUAAAGGGCAAUGCAAUGUUUGGACUUGUCCACUAACUGAUGUUUUUACGUGUUAUUAAUUUAAUGAAUUAUAUUUAUUGUGCAUAGUUCAUUGAAUUUGUUGAAUGAAAUAAACAAACAACCAACAGUU